AUGGGCAUCAGGGAGGAACUGCAGAGCCGUCAGUUUUGGUGCUGCCUGCUGGCAGAGGCAGGGGGCACCCUUAUCUUCGUUUGGGUGGUGCUGGGCGCAUCGUCCCCUGCGAGCCCCAAAGAGGUGCUUCCUUCCCCUCUUCAGCCAGCCCUUGCUGCAGGGCUGGUAGCUGUCAGCUUGGCUCACUGCUUUGGCGACAUCAGCGGUGCCCAAGUCAACCCGGCGCUCACGGUGGCCUUCCUCUGCACCCGCAAACUGGAUGCUCUGCACGCAGCAAGCUAUAUCCUGGCCCAGUGCUUGGGUGCCAUCUUAGCUUCGGGCGUCUUCUACCUUGUGUUGCCCACCUCAGCCGUGGGGCAAUUGGUCACCAAGGUCAGCAGCGAAGGGAACGCUGGGCAGGCCUUGGGGAUGGAAGCCUUUUCCACUUUCCAGCUAGCUCUCACCAUCUUUGCUGUAGAAGACCAUCGGAGGCGUGAGUUGGGUGAGCCUGGAAUCUUGGCCAUUGGCUUCUCUGUAAUCGCAGGAGCACUAGCUGCGGGUACGUUCUCCGGAGGCAGCAUGAACCCAGCACGGUCCCUGGGACCAGCUGUCGUGACAGGAAUUUGGGAACAUCACUGGGUGUACUGGCUCGGCCCCAUCCUUGGCGCAGUCCUUGCCGGUGUCUCCUACGAAUUCUUCUUUGCCAACAAUGCUUCACGGGAGAAGCUGGUUGCCUGCCUGACCUGCCGCGACAUAGAGAUCGUGGAGGCGGCCAGCAUGUCUCGUUCUUCUGUCUCGGCCGCUGCCAAGCCGCCUUGCAAUGGGGAACACAGCACCGAAUAG